AUGGGCGAAGCACAACAACCGAAUGUUCCAACAGCAGUUCAGAAGGUGCACUUUGGCAGUCUUGCCAAUGAAGAAACUGUUUAUAAGCUGCAAGCAGAAGCUGAAAAACGUGAAAAUGAAAGGAGAGAUGAUCAAUUCGAUUUGGAGAUGGUGGAUAAUCCCAUGGAAAGAGAAGUAAUGGCAGAGUUCGAGCGACGACGACGAGCUCGUACUUUAACUUUACCUACGGAUGAUGGACAUGUUAAACUUCUUUUGCGGAAACUUAACGAACCGAUCUGUCUUUUCGGGGAGGACAAACUGGACCGAAAGGAAAGAUUGCGGGCCUUACUAUCGACGUUGUCUGAAGAAGAAGUUACAAGAAUAUUGCACAGUCCUGAAGAGACAGAAACGGUGCAACAGCGAGAUUCAUCUACAUGGUAUCAUAAAGGGCCGGUGGCUCUUCGAGAUGUUCGCGUCGCGAUUGCUGAUUUUUCGUUGAGAAGGGCUCAAGAAAGAUUGCAAAAGGCACAUGAGGAAUCUACUCGUGCAACAAAUGAUGCUGCUGUGCGUGCGCAAGAAAUGCAUCGAUGGGUUGCAGCGCUAGCAGUUUAUGGUUCACAAGUAGCAGAUGUUCGACCUGUUUCAUAUUGUGAAUUUUCACCUGACUCGAAACAUCUCAUCACCUCUGGAUGGUCAGGAGAAUGCAGCAUUUGGUCGAUACCAGAAAGUAGCCGUGAAAGGAAAUUUAUUGGACAUUCCAGUCAAGCAGGAUGUGCCAGAUUUCAUCCAGGAGCAUAUGUUUCUCAGGAAUCAUAUGCAUUGAAUGCUGCUAGUUGCAGUCAUGAUGGAACGGUAAAAUUAUGGAGCUUGGAAAGUGAUUCGCCACUAUCCGAACUUGAACCGCAUUCUCAACGGGUAUCGCGGAUUGCAUUUCAUCCAUCUGGACGAUUCCUUGCUUCUUGCUGUUUCGAUUGCUCAUGGAGAUUAUUCGAUUUGCAGUACGGACAGGAAGUUCUUUUUCAAGAAGGGCACAGCCGGCCGGUUUUCCAUGCCGAUUUUCAAGUGGAUGGAUCGCUUAUUAUGACAGCCGGUAUGGAUUGUUACGGCCGUGUAUGGGAUUUACGAACAGGCCGUUGUAUUAUGUUUCUGGAGGGUCAUCAGAAAGAAAUCCACUGUGGGCAGUGGUUACCGAACGGUUAUCAGAUGGUCACCGGUUCUGCGGAUAAUAGUUGCAUGGUUUGGGAUUUGAGGAUAAGGCGUGCGCUCAAACCAAUUGCGGCUCAUACUUCCCUCGUGUCUGGUCUUAGGGUAGAAUCAAAAGGACAAUACAUUAUUACGUCAUCCUUUGAUAACUCUUUGAAAGUUUGGGAAACUUGCGGUUGGCGACCUUUGCGGCAGCUCAUGGGUCACGACACGAAAGUGAUGGGAGUUGACAUAUCGCUCGAUGGAAAGUGGGUUGCAAGUGUUGCUUUUGACCGUACCUUCAAACUUUGGACGAAACAGCUUUAUUAA